CGUGCUACAUCAUGUGUAUCGGCACAUGGAUAGGAUAGGACGAAGAAAACUACGAGUAAAACAACAUGCGAAGUCGCGUAUUGUCCAGUUUAUUGCAAACGAGAAAAUUGUUUUAUGAAUAUGCCAAACCUUAUACAAACAACGUAGUAACAUAUUCCCGAUUAAAACAAGCUAGAACAUUUUCAAGUCAGAAUAAAAAAUAUUUUGACGAUGACAGAAACGAAAAUAGUGAAUCGGAUAACCUGAACUCGCUUAGCAAUACUCAUAAAAUUUUUGACGACAAAGAUGCUGAAAUCAUUUUAGAUAUUAGUGAAAAACAAGAGACAAUUGAUAUUGAAGAUUUAAUAGCUGAAGAGAAAAAGCCGGAUCCUUACGAGGGCAUUAAUUUAACGCGUGGUGUAACUGGCGUGUUCGAUAUAGAGGAACUUGUAGAAUUAUUGCGAAGAGAUAAGGCCAGAAAUAUUUUUGUAGCUUCAGUGCCUUCCGAACUAUCAUAUGUGGAUUUCAUAGUUGUUGCAACAGGCAAAUCGAAUAAACAUAUGAUUGCACUUGCUACUUUUAUUCGAAAGGUAUUCAAAUUAAAAAGACACAAGACAGAUAAAUUGCCAAAUAUUGAAGGAAAAAACUCUAAGGAUUGGAUAGCAUUGGACUUGGGAAAUAUUGUCUUACACAUUUUCGAAAAAUCUACUAGAGAACUGUACGAUUUAGAAACACUGUGGUCAGUGGGAGCCGAUUAUGAUGAUCUAAGUAGAGUUACUACUGAAUCAGAUAUCAUGGAACAAUAUACAGCAUUCUUAUCUGAUUUAGAACCCAUUGAAAAUGAUAAUAGAAAUAAAGAAGGAACAAAUAAAUAGUAGUCUCAAAUUAUGUACAUAUAUAUGUAAAAUUGUCUUCUGUAUGUAUGAGCAUUUCUUUCAUGUAUGCCAAUAGAUUGUAAACUUCAGAUUGAAAAAUAAAAUUUAUAAAGUUAAGAGUA